GCGGAGGGCGGGCUCUCCCCCACCCUUUACGGCCGCCACGAGUGGAGGCUACAGGGGGCUCUGAGCCGGGGAGACUGGUACAAAACCAAGGAGAUCUUGCUGAAAGGCGUGGACUGGAUCCUGAAUGAGAUCAAGACUUCUGGCCUCCGGGGCCGCGGCGGGGCUGGAUUCCCCACCGGCCUCAAAUGGAGUUUCAUGAACAAGCCCUCUGAUGGCAGACCCAAAUAUCUGGUGGUGAAUGCAGAUGAGGGUGAACCAGGCACUUGUAAGGAUCGUGAGAUUAUGCGCCAUGACCCACACAAGCUGGUGGAGGGCUGUCUAGUAGCAGGUCGUGCCAUGGGGGCCCGUGCUGCCUACAUCUACAUCCGUGGGGAAUUCUACAAUGAGGCCUCCAACCUUCAGGUGGCAAUCCGUGAGGCCUAUGAGGCAGGGCUUCUAGGUGAAGAUGCAUGUGGCUCAGGGUAUGCCUUUGAUGUGUUUGUGGUGAGAGGUGCUGGGGCCUACAUUUGUGGGGAGGAGACUGCUCUGAUUGAAUCCAUUGAGGGCAAGCAGGGAAAGCCACGCCUCAAGCCACCCUUCCCAGCUGACGUAGGUGUGUUUGGCUGUCCCACCACUGUAGCCAAUGUGGAAACUGUGGCCGUGGCUCCCACCAUCUGCCGGCGUGGUGGGGCCUGGUUUGCUGGUUUUGGGCGUGAGCGUAACUCUGGCACUAAGCUUUUCAACAUCUCGGGGCAUGUGAACAACCCAUGCACAGUGGAGGAAGAGAUGUCAGUGCCACUUAAGGAGCUCAUUGAGAAACAUGCAGGAGGUGUGCGUGGUGGCUGGGACAACUUGCUAGCAGUGAUCCCAGGGGGAUCCUCCACCCCACUCAUCCCCAAGUCAGUGUGUGAGACAGUGCUGAUGGACUUUGAUGCACUUGUGCAGGCACAGUCUGGGCUUGGUACAGCUGCUGUCAUUGUCAUGGACAAAUCGACGGACAUUGUCAGAGCCAUUGCCCGCCUCAUUGAAUUCUACAAGCAUGAGAGCUGUGGGCAGUGCACUCCCUGUAGGGAGGGUGUGGAUUGGAUGAACAAGGUGAUGUGGCGGUUUGUGCAGGGCAAGGCCCAGACAGCAGAGAUUGAUGCCCUGUGGGAGAUCAGUAAGCAGAUUGAGGGUCACACCAUCUGUGCCCUGGGCGAUGGAGCAGCUUGGCCUGUGCAGGGUCUCAUCCGGCACUUCCGCCCAGAGCUGGAGGAACGAAUGCGGCGGUAUGAGGAGUCGGCUCAACAGGCACUGGCAUGAGGGCUAGUCAGUCUGGAGAGGUGGCACUCCCCUCUGCAUGUGAUCAGGCACACCUUUUUCUGUGGUAGGAGGGCAAGGACUAAGUGCUUCAUCUUGUGGUUGCUGGCGGGGGGGGCACCUCUGCUAGUAGGUUGGCAGGUGGGAAGGGGACUGCUUCCUGAUUUUUGGUGAGGUUUUUUCUAUGUGUUUGGGGGUGAGAGGGGCUGCUGCCUUUCUGCCCUUCUUGCUGGAUGAACUCCCCAAUAAACACAGUUGUGCUCAUGG